UGUGUGUGUUCUUCCGUGGGGCGUGUGUAUCACUGACCAAACACAUACGCACAACACAAAACAAGACAACAAGAAUAAAACACAAACCCAAAGCAUGAAGAUGGAGACGCUGUGAACAGAUUGAAGCUCAUCUCUGAGGUAUGGGGGCUGCUCCCAGCACGUCUAAUGCAGGAAAUGGAGGCAGCUGCCAAGACCAUGACCAGCAACCAAUAAUUGAGAAUGAAGUCAUUAAGAGGCGGAACUCCAGCAGGAGAUGCAGCACAGGAGAAACUGUUCCCUGUGCGACCUGCCAGGGCACUGGACGUAUACGCAGAGGUCUGGAGAGCAAGCUGGUGGCUGUCAUCUCCUGUAAUGACCAGAGGCUGAAUCCUAGACACACGAAGUUAUAUGUUGCUGUGUCUGUUGGUGUGUGCCUGCUGGUCAGUGCCGUGGUGCUGUUCUUCCUCUUUCCUCGCGCUGUCCUGCUGUCUUCAGUCGCUGUCAAGUCAUCCUUUGUUUACUUCACCAAGAACAACGUCCUUAUUAACAUCACGCAUGUGUUGAACAUCACCAACAACAACUUUGCGACAGUGCAGACCUAUAAUCUGUCAGUGCAGGCCCUCAACUUUGACACGGUGGUGGGAACAGUGUCUAUUAAGAACGUCACCUCAGUCAAACCUCUGUCCACCACAACGUAUUCGUUCGUGAUCCCCAUCCAGCUCUCGGACCCUGGUUUGAGUAACUACUGUAAGAAGGCUUCCCUGCCUGUCCACAUCCUGUAUCUGCAUCUGCAGAUGUCAAUGACAGUUUACUACCUGGCCCACUAUGAGCAGCUCUCCCUGGAGACGUAUGAGUACAUCGACUGUGGAACAAACAGUACCAUACCACAUCAGGUGCAGCCCCCUCCACCCUGAUGGAUGGAAGACACGAACAAACACUGAAGACAUCCUGUAUUUUUCCAUGAACUCUGAUGCUUAAAUGUAUAUCGUACCAGGAUGUUGUUAGGGUUCAUCCUGGAUUGAAGAAGCCUGGAAUCUGAGCAAUGUUUUCAGGUCUAGCCCUCUUUAUUACACUGACAUGAAGUCUGGUGUCCAAUAAGAACAGUUGGUAGUAAGCCGGUACUCAUAAGAGACAAUGUGAAAAGAGGAUUUCAGUCUAUUUCCAGGCAGUCUGGUGUUAGUUGUCUGUGGACUGAAUGCAAAUUGACCAAUCUCAGUAUGUUGUGGUUUUUGCAUGAAUUUAAAAACUAUACUGAUAACGAAUCCAUCUGCUGUUUACAAACUGUUUGGGAAGCAAAUGUUGCUUACACAGAUAAAAUAUGUUUAUGUGAAUGAUUUGGUAAUAACACAUAUAUGUCUUAACCAUAGACUUCAAAUAAAUAUGGGUUACGUUAGCUCCCAAAAGUGAAGUAAAAUUAUCUGUAUUGUCCCCUGACGGGUGGCUCCAGUGUAGGCCAAAACCCUGCCUGUUCAUGUUUUAGCUGAGUUUGAUUAUUUGAUGCUUAAUGAAUGGGGUGAAAUCUCACAAUUGACAGCUGAGACUGAGUUUUUAUCAGUCCAGUUUAUGUGUUGGCGAUUUAUACCAGCGCUCUACGCCACAAUCACAGCUGCAUGAACUCUGACUCCAAAAGAUGUCACCACUUCAAGAUGGCAGCACCAUUUUUUUGAUGAGCUGCGUGACACCAGCAUGACACCAGAAAGCAAACUGAAAGCACUACAUUAUCCCAUGUAAGUUCUGAUGGUAUAACUUCAUAUUUACGACUCUUUAAAAAGAGUCAGGAUAAACACAAACCAGACCGAAAGUCUAAUAAAACUAUGCAGAAAAUCA